AGGGAUGUCUGACCCCCUUAUAUGGGGGGGGUCUCAGGGAUGCCGGCCCCCUUCCAUGACGGGGGUCUCUCGGGGCCGCCGCCCCCCGCCCAGGUUCCUGCAGGACGAUUAUUCCAUCCAAGUGUCCAUCAAUGACCACCUGGACAUUUACUGCCCUCAUUACUCGGCCCCCACCGCCCGGCCCGAGAGCUUCACGCUCUUCAUGGUGGACGCCGACGGGUUCCGGCGCUGCUCCGAGGGUCCGGCCGCCUUCAAACGCUGGGAGUGCAAAAAUCCCUUCGCUCCCUUCGUCCCGGUUCGGUUCUCCGAAAAGAUCCAACGCUUCACCCCCUUCUCACUGGGCUUCGAGUUCAGGCCUGGGGAGACGUAUUAUUAUAUCUGUGAGUGG